AUUUGGAAGCCAGAGCUUAAUAGACAUACGUCUCCCCAGAUUCCUUCUCCACCAAAAAGGGUCAAAAAAUUACACUGCUAAUUGGAAAAAGAAAAGGGUAAGGGAAAAAAAGAGAGAAAAGAUUGGAUACUAAAGUUUACAGUGGUUUGAGGCAUUCACAUUUCGAGAGUAAGUAAUGGGUGGGUACAGAACUGAAGAUGACUAUGACUACCUAUUCAAGGUGGUAUUGAUAGGUGAUUCAGGUGUUGGCAAGUCCAACUUGCUUUCAAGAUUCACAAGGAAUGAGUUUAGCCUUGAGUCGAAAUCUACUAUUGGUGUUGAGUUUGCUACCAAAAGCUUAACUGUUGAUACUAAAGUCAUCAAGGCUCAAAUUUGGGACACUGCUGGCCAAGAAAGGUACCGCGCCAUCACCAGUGCCUACUACAGAGGUGCUGUAGGUGCUUUGCUUGUCUAUGAUGUCACUCGACAUUCCACAUUUGAGAGUGUUGAGAGAUGGCUUAAGGAGCUGAGAGAUCAUACUGAUCCCAACAUCGUUGUCAUGCUUGUCGGAAACAAAUCUGAUCUGCGACAUCUGGUUGCAGUCUCAACUGAGGAUGGGAAGUCUUUUGCGGAAAAGGAAUCCCUCUACUUCAUGGAAACUUCUGCCCUCGAAGCUACCAAUGUCGAUAAUGCAUUUGCUGAAGUUCUCACUCAAAUCUACCAUGUUGUUAGCAGAAAGGCGAUGGAGAAUGGUGAGAAUGGAAAUGCAAACGUCCCUUCCCAAGGAGAAAAGAUUGAUAUAGGUAAAGAAGUAUCUGAUGUCAAGAAAACUGGUUGCUGUUCAACCUAGAGGUAAUCUGUGCUGCUAUUUCCCGUUCUAGGUAAACUGAUAGUGUAAAAUUUUCAAGACUACCUUUAUGUUUUGAUCACAAGAGCUGCCUUUUAAGUUGGUUGGUACUAAGGAAUGUCAAUGUUAGAAAACCUUGUCUAAUGGAACACUUGUGUAGACCUCUUAUGGCUUUAACUUACUGAAUCAUUCUUUUUCUCUUUUCAAUUA